AUGGGAGAAGAAGAAGGAGGAGAGAGGGGGGGUGGCGGCGAGCGAGGCUGGUCCGUAUGGGAACUGGUUCAGAUUAACUUUCUGCCAAUCGGUGGAAACCCAACCAGGAAGAGCACGCACACAUCGCACAGGCAGCGCCACCGAACGUCCCCUCUCUCUUCUCCCCGCUUCACUCCUACCCAGCUCUCCCAGUUACGGAGCUCUGCCAUCGCACCAGUCCGACUCCGUCUCUCCUCCCCUCCCCAGCCCUCCCACACCCCCACCCGCUCGCUCUUCCCCGACUAUCCGUCCGUUUGUCCGUCCUUCCCCGCAGAUUUGUUCGACGGUUCCCGGCUCUGCUGGAGGAAGCGUGGCGGCGAGCCGAAAAUGUACCCUUUGCGAGGGAGGGCUGGGAAUUCAGAAAGUGAAGGACUCAGCUGCCAUGUCCUCCUGACCCGACUGGAGGAAAACAUUCGUGAAAAGCAGAGGUCUAAGGAAAGUAAAGGAAAGGAUGGCCGCGGACGAUUAUCUCACAAAUCCAAGUCCAAAAAAAGGAAAAGCAGUGACGGAAAAGAGGAGAAGUCGUCACCAAAAAACAAAUUAAAAUCAUGCAGUGGAAGUUAUAGCAAAGGUAUUCGGUUGGGAGUCUUUCAGCCACGCAAGCGGAGACUGGCUUCUCUCAAUGCUGAGGCGGUAAACAGCCUGCUACUAGAAAGAGCCACUGAUCCCCAACCAGCAGCCAAACAGGCCAAGAGACAGGAGGAACCCAUAAAUGCAGGGGCUUUCCUGGAUGCAGAUCCAGCGAGAGGUGGUGUCUGCGGAGGUCUUAAGGCUUUGCGAGGGACCAACACUAAAGGCUCCACAUCUCAUGAACUUGAAGCGCACCAAAGCUCUAAGCCUGCCAAGAGGGCCAAAGUUAGCCGAGGGGAUGAAAGUUUGGGGAUGAGUCAGGAGUGCCUUGACGCUCCUGCACCCAGACGGUUGGCUGGACUUAAUGCCGCAGCCCUGCUGAAGCUAACCAGCUCCUCUGCUACCAGUAAACAAAGAGCAAAGGCUGCACCCACUGCUAUUGUUACUUCAGACUGCAAGGCUCCCGUCGUGGGCUCGACCCAAAAGUCGCACUCGAGGGCCAAACUUCAGCACAAGGGACUCACACAAAAGCAGAAGGGGAAAAAGAUCCCCCCCCUGCACAGUGGCUGCACAGCUUGCAAGAAGGCGGGCUUUGAGCCAAAGGUGGAGUGGGAAACGGGUGGCUGCACCCAUCGACUGACAAAACCGGGCUACCAGUCACGCAGUAUGCUAGCAUACCCACUGAAGAAAGUGAAAGAGGAACAGCUGGAGACUGAGCUGAGCCCGUACUACUGCUUUCCUGCAGAGCGCUCAAUGGACUACUGUCACGGCUUGGCCUUCUUUUUAGGCCAGCAACCCUACGGAGAAUCAGACGAUCAGCCACUUAACUCAGCCAUGAGCCCUGUGAAGCGCGAGUGCCUAGUAACCUCACCAUCGCUGACACAUUCCCUACCACACACGGCGCUCACCCUGAGCCCUCACCCCUGCCUCUGCACCGCCGACCAUUGCUUCUCCAGCUAUUACGUCCACAUCGCCCACCCCACACACACUGGAACAACUUCAGCCACCAUGGCCCCGCGACCUCUGAACUUGCCCCCAUCUAGUUUGUGCCCUAGUCGAAUGAGCGGCUCCAAGCUGCUGGGGCAGCAGGUGUCACAUCCGUCGGGACUAGCCCACCCCGCCUACUGCAAUUCUGUGGCUUCACCCUGUUACGGUGACGCCUGCGGGAUUAGUGGGUAUACCUACAGAGCGAUGGCUCCUGUCACCAGCAGGGGUUGCUCUUUUAGCACAGGAUGCAGUGGAUGCACGCACAAUAUCAAAACAGAGGGUUACCCCUCCCCUCAGGGUGAUCACAACCCUUCCCUUCUGGUUCCCCCCACCAUGCCCAUGUCCAGCUGCCCUCUGUCCAGCGUGCCCACUUCCACGCAGACUAAACCCCACCUACUGAACCACCUGUCUGGACGAGACCAACCCCAGGCUAGGCUAAGGCUAGCCAAGGAGUGCCCAAAGAGCACCAAGCCCUCCGGUGACUCUCUGUCUGUGGGCCGCGCACAGCUAUCGACAAAGGAGUCGCCAUCUGUGCCAAGCCUCAGCAGCACCAAACAAAAGAGGGUCAGCCGCAGACGCGCCACUAAUGGCUGGCUACCUGUUGGGAUGCCCACAGAGAGGGAGGUCUUCAUCGCGAAUGAGAUUUUCGCCUCUCGGCAUCAGGAUGAAAAUAGCGUGGCCUGCAUAGAAGACAGAUGCUACGUUCUCCCACUAGCCCAGUACUGUAGAUUUUGUGCCUUGGUGAAGCGGCGUGCUGAAGGUGCCCCGCCUGGCAGUGCCAGCAUGGUGCCCUGCCGCCCCGACUUUGCCCCUCCUUCCCACCGCUGUGUGCCCACAGACGUCGACCCCGAGUUGGUGUAUCUCUGCCGGCACGUCUACGAUUUCCGUUACGGUCGCAUCUUGAAGAAUCUGCAGUAGAGGGUGGAGGGCUGUUGCACCUUUUGAAUUAAUCGUCAAUGAAGCACCGCCCCGUCCCGCACAAAGAAGAGGGAGUGAAGGGGGCUGAGGGACUUUUUUUUGUUUUGUUUUGUUUUGUUUUUAUCCAGUGAGCACCUCACAAUCAGAGGGAAGGGGGUGGCGAUGGGGUGAGGUCGUCUAUUGCGCCAAUAAGAAGCACAGAUCCCUUUAGCUGGAAUGUGGUAGACAGAGCACCAAUGUUUUCCGGUUUUGGUUUUGGAAGAGAAAGGAGUGAUAAUUCAUUCUUCAGAUCAGAUUUUUUAAUUUUUAAAAGCUUCCACCACACUCUGAGGUUUCAGCCUCCAAUCGCUUCCCUGCCAGAAUUGCUGAACGCCAAGCCGAGCCGGGCUGCUGUCAGGACUGUGUUUCCCCUCAAGCGUCUUAGCACAACAAUCAUGUUUGUUCCAUUUGUAAGCCAGUGGCUCAGGGAUGGUCCGGCACAGAGGCGCUGCCGGGGAACACAGGCCCGCGCUGUCCGCUCGGCGUUAACGGUGCUCAAGCAGCGAGAGCGAAGGCGCAGCUAAUAGAGAGUGUCGUCUCAUUUCUCCCGAUUUCGAACCCGCGCGAGUCCGCGCGUGCGUGUCAGAGAGAAUGGAGAGCGAGUGUGACUCCGGGGUGAAUGGAUAACUGUCGCCAUGUGUGAUGUUUUGGUUUUGGUUCGGUUUUUUUAAGGAAGCUUUCAGGCAAUCAAAACCAAAACAAGCAGCUUUAGAGAAAGCGGAGCUUCCUUCUCUUCUCCUGACACUGACCGAAACCUUUUCAUCUCAAGUGACGAGCUAAAACUAAAACGAUUGCACCUGAACGGGGUUCGUGAGACAGUCCUUUCCCUACUAGACUCCAGCGAACUAGAGCGGGGCUCUUUUAACUUUGUUUAGUACGGACCAGUGACACUAAAAUGUCUCGCGAUCGAUUCGAACCAGUAAAAAAAAAGAAACACACGUGGGUGAAAGAUGUCGAAGAAAACUGUAAUCUCAGCUACUUGAAGAAGAGGCUCCCUUAUGGGGUUUUUUGGUGGUGUCGUGUAUACUCUCACAUUCACUCCUGUGACUUGCCUUAUGACUUGCAGGGAGAGCUUCAGGCAGCUACGUCUCGCCACAUCAAACACUGAAGCGGUAGAACAGGGUGCACCUGCAGUCCUUGGAAGUAGGGUUCGGUUCAGUCUACGCGGCUCUCUUACAAACAGUAAAAGGUCUGAAAAUAGUGGAGAACAUCUUUUGUACAUUUUUACAGCAAAAGGUUGCGUUGGCUGUUCGCUCGGCAAAGAGAAAAAGCAUGAAUUUGUCAGCUUAGAUGUGACGCGCUUAGCAUUCGUGCACCCUCUCUCCUAAAGAAAGGCGGAUGACUUUAGCUCCCGAUUGUUUUUCUGAUCGCCGAUACAGCUCAAUACCCCGUCUCUGCCAAGAUAAACCAAAGGAUGUCUCACGCAAGCCAGAAUUCGCGUCUCCACCCUCACUCCUCUCCGUCAGCGCUUCUAGUCCUCACUUCCUUGUUCUAUUGCACUAAUCCAUUCCUUAAUUACUACACAUGCGUUCAACUUCCAGCUACUUAAUAUUGACGCCGGGUGGGGUGGGGCUCACUGUAUAUCAUUUCUUUGUGUGUGUGUGUGUGUGUGUGUGUGUGUGUGUCUUUUUUGUACCUUUGUAGAAGGAAACCGUGAGGAUGUCGUGGCUGCUUUUGUCAGUGCAAACUGUGUAUUUCUAUUACUUAACCAGUAGAGGAGUCAAGUCAGCCAGCCAGCGUGUUUGUCAUAUAACCCGAUGCUCGACAUGUUGAAUCAUGGGAUAUCGCUCGAGUCAUUCCAUCCGAUUUGUCAGUCAGCUCUAACGUACCUAUAUAAUUAUACAGUAUAUAUAUAUACAUGUAUGUAUCCACACUGUCAAUGUGAUUAGAGUUCAAAUAGGCAUCUGGAUGGAGGCCCGACCCACUGUGCGGGCAGACGUAGCACCAAGCUGGAGGGCGUUCGGGUGGAGGUUCGGAGGGGCAGGUGGGCUAUUUUGAUACUUUGUUGUGGCGGGUUUCUGACCAGACUCUUCUAUCGCCUUAACCUCGCAAGCAUUUUUUUUUUUGGCUUGUGAGUGGUGGCGGAGUGCGCGAUCGUGUACCUUUAACGGCAUCAAGAGUAACCAGCUGCUUUCCCACGCAGCAGACGCCCCGUCCUUCAACGUUGGGUAAAGCCUGCGAAAGUUUUGACACGCUAAAGCCAUCCUGAACUUUUUUUCUCUAUUUGAGCCACACGAGUCGUGACCCAAGACAAAAAUCCAAUCCUGAUUAUUGGGAGGUUUUUGCUUUUAAGUUGUUAUUAUUUCUAUUAAUCCCCAGAUUCUUCAAAGAGGUAAUAUAAAUAGAUAUAUUCUCCUACUUUACGAUUUCUCCUUAUUAGGGAUAUUUUAUUAUGUCAGUUUCCUAAGAUGGUGUAUGCAGUAUAUUUUUAGACUUGCUAUUUUUGGAAAAUGAACGUAACUAAUCAAGAGGAUAUGCAUUAUUUUUCUGUUUAUUUCAGGUGAGUUUCAAAAACAAUGAAAUGUUAAUUGAAAUUUGACCAAAUGGGGAAAAAAAUAAUAAUAAUGGGGACUGAUGUAUGACCUGAGGUUGGAGAUAAUAGGCCAAUGGAAAUCUCCCAUCCAGCCAACUUCUAAUGAAGUGUAGAUAUUUGAAUCCAGGAAGCACCGGGCACUCUUUAAACAGACAGCCAAUGCACAGUGUAGUAUU